UUCUUUUUCGAAAACCAUAAACCUAGUGAAAGUUUAAAGAGGUGUGUCUUGAGACUUAUAGCGUAAAUGAUCCGUCGAUUGGUGAAGUGGUUCACGACCUAAAAAUCUCUUAUUGUUUCCUCUUUGCUGGAGCAGAGGACGUACACUUUUAAGACAAUAGUGUGGUUGCCUUCAUUAUCACGAACAUGGACGGGAUAACAAACAAUAUCGUUAUUGAAAACAUUGAUUACACUGGCUGGGGAUAUGAAAACGUGACAGAGAACCCAUUAGAUAUGAAAUCGUAUACAUGUGACAAUACGACCUCACUUCACCUAUUUCACACCGUGUUCCAACCCCUUAUAUUCGGUUUGGUGUUUGUCCUGGGUCUGGCUGGAAAUGGCCUCCUCCUGACGGGCCUACUGAAGCGCUGGAAAAACCUACGCAUCACAGAGAUUUACCUGGUACACCUGGCAUUAGCUGACCUUCUCCUCCUCCUCACGUUCCCCUUUGCAGUCACUCAAGGGGUGGCCGGGUGGGUUUUCGGAGAUUUUCUUUGCAAGCUAUUGGGCCUCAUCAAUCGCCUAAAUUUGGUUUGUGGGAGUUUACUUUUGGCAUGUAUUGGCAUCGAUCGUUACCUCGCUAUUGUGCAUGCCAUCCCCAGCCUCCAAAGUCGUCGGCCUCGGAUCGUUCAUUUUACCUGUGGGCUGGUCUGGCUCCUCUGCCUAUUUGUGUCCAUGCCCAACAUGGUGUUCCUAUCUGUGGCAGCAAGGGAUGAUGACGGACACACUCGGCUCUCCUGUACCUAUAACAGUUAUCCCGACCAUGCACGCCGCUGGAAGUUGGUCAACCGAUUAUUCACACACCUGCUGUGCUUCUUCCUGCCUUUAAUGGUCAUGGUAUACUGCUACACUGCCAUUAUCAUCACUCUGUACCAAAGCCAAAAAAGUCUGGAGAAGCAAGGGGCUAUGCGGCUGGCCCUUCUGGUUACAUUAGUGUUCUGCCUGUGCUGGCUGCCAUUUAACAUCUCUAUUCUGAUUGACACUUUGGAAGAUUUGAAAGUCAUCCUUGUGGAUGAUUGCCAUGUUCGAACGAUGUUGAAACAGACAAUUAUAGUCACAGAAAGCAUUGGCUAUACCCACUGUUGCUUGAAUCCAGUCCUUUACGCCUUCACAGGGGUACGUUUCCGGCGAGACCUCCUGCAGUUGCUAUCGAAAAGGAAGUUUUUGCGCUUAUGCCUGUCAGGGCCGAGAGUUGAAAGUCAGCGGAGUGUGUCUGUUACAGAAGCUGCGACCACAACAACAAGCAACCACUAUUUCUAAGGAACAGCUGAGGUUUUUGAAACAACUAUACUUGUUGAACUAACAAUUUUAUUGUACAUGCAACAUAUGGAUUUUUGAAUUGCCAAUCAGCAAAUCUGCAGUGUCACUUCUGCAUUAAUUCCCUGUACAUUGCCUUAACCAAAGGAUGGACACAGCAAUGCACACAAUGUGACUAUAUAAAAAAAAUUAAGCUUUUGCAUCAUGCCUAACUAUAGUGCUAAAGUGCUUUGCAUUGUGUAUUAUACUGUACUGACCCUUGUCCAAAUUACAGUAAAUGUCAUUUACUUCCAAAUGAUUUUGAAAUAAA